CUCAUUUACAAAUCAAUGAAACAAGAGGAAAAAGUGGAUGUGAAAAUGUACAUGUACACGUGUGUGCGUGCUACGCGCCAGAUACACGCAGUGACGUCAUGGAAAUUUAGUAAGUUCGUUACUCUGCGCAUGCCCAGUGUAUUGAAGGAAACCUUACAAAGAUACGCCAUUGUUGCAAGCAGAGAGAAUAGACUUGCUUCAAAAAUGACUCAAAUAUCAGAUGCAACUGGACUAGCAGAAUUAGCACAUGCCGAGUACCAGGCAGGUGACUAUGAAUCAGCAGAACAACAUUGUAUGCAAUUAUGGAGGCAGGAACCAGACAACACUGGGGUGUUACUCUUACUUAGUUCUAUACACUUUCAACAAAGGAAAUUAGAUAGGUCUGCUUACUUUAGCCAGUUAGCAAUUAAACAGAAUCCAAUGUUAGCUGAAGCAUAUUCAAACUUGGGAAAUGUCUACAAGGAAUGUGGACAACUGAGGGAUGCAUUACAAAAUUACAGAUAUGCUGUUAGAUUAAAACCUGACUUUAUAGAUGGAUACAUUAACCUGGCUGCAGCCCUCGUGGCAGCUGGUGACAUGGAACAAGCCGUACAGGCUUAUGUCACAGCACUUCAAUAUAAUCCAGAUCUUUACUGUGUAAGAAGUGACCUUGGAAACCUGCUAAAAGCACUUGGAAGAUUGGAUGAGGCCAAGGCUUGUUAUUUAAAAGCAAUUGAGACACAACCAAAUUUUGCGGUAGCUUGGAGCAAUUUAGGCUGUGUAUUCCAUGCUCAGGGAGAGAUAUGGCUGGCAAUACAUCACUUUGAGAAGGCAGUGGCUUUGGAUGCCAAUUUUAUGGAUGCAUAUAUUAACCUUGGUAAUGUUCUGAAAGAAGCAAGAAUAUUUGACAGGGCUGUGACAGCAUAUUUGAGAGCUUUGAGUCUGAAUCCCAACCAUGCUGUUGUACAUGGAAACCUGGCUUGUGUCUACUAUGAGCAAGGGUUGAUUGAUCUUGCCAUAGAUACAUACAGAAAAGCUAUAGAACUUCAGCCUAACUUCCCUGAUGCCUACUGUAAUCUCGCCAAUGCUUUAAAGGAGAAAGGAAAGGUAUCUGAUGCUGAAGAUUGCUACAACACUGCCCUUUCUUUGGCACCCAGCCACUCUGACUCCCUAAAUAACCUGGCAAAUAUUAAACGUGAGCAGGGAAACACAGAGGAAGCUGUACGUCUCUAUUUGAAGGCCCUGGAAGUGUUUCCUGACUUUGCUGUGGCACAUUCAAAUCUUGCAAGUGUACUUCAACAACAAGGGAAACUAACUGAAGCUUUGGUGCAUUAUAAAGAAGCAAUUAGAAUUUCACCAACAUUUGCGGAUGCAUAUUCUAACAUGGGUAACUUGCUUAAAGAAAUGCAAGAUGUACAGGGAGCCAUGCAGUGCUACCAGAGAGCCAUCCAGAUUAAACCAGCAUUUGCAGAUGCUCAUAGUAACCUUGCAUCUAUACAUAAAGACUCUGGUAGUAUCCCCGAAGCCAUACAGUCCUAUAGAACAGCCCUCAAGUUGAAACCAGAAUUUCCAGAUGCCUACUGCAAUCUAGCUCAUUGUUUACAGUUUGUAUGUGACUGGAGUGAUUAUUCAGCUAGAAUGAAGAAGUUAGUACAGAUAGUUGAUGAACAGUUAGAGAAGAAUCGUCUCCCCUCCGUACACCCCCACCAUACAAUGUUAUAUCCACUUAGUCAUGAUCAGAGGAAGGGAAUUGCUGCCAAACACGCUAAUCUGUGUCUAGAAAAAAUCAAUAUAUUACAUAAACCACCUUAUGAAUACCCAAAAGAUUUAUCAGCGAGUGGUGGAAGGUUGAGGAUUGGUUAUGUAAGCUCUGACUUUGGUAAUCAUCCAACAUCACAUUUGAUGCAAAGUAUACCAGGGCUACAUGAUAAAGAUUCUGUUGAGAUAUUUUGCUACGCAUUAACAGCUGAUGAUGGUACAAGUUUCCGCUCUAAAGUUGGUCGUGAGGCUGAACAUUUUAUAGAUCUGUCUCAGUUACCAUGUAAUGGUAAAGCUGCAGAUCGUAUCAACUCUGAUGGUAUACAUAUACUAGUCAACAUGAAUGGUUACACUAAAGGAGCUAGAAAUGAACUAUUUGCAUUGAGACCUGCACCUAUCCAGGUGAUGUGGUUAGGUUACCCGGGAACAAGUGGAGCUUCCUACAUGGAUUAUAUCAUUACUGAUGCCUUUACCUCACCACUAGAGUAUCACAAACAAUACUCCGAGAAGCUUGCUUAUAUGCCAGAUACAUUCUUCAUUGGAGAUCACAUGCAGAUGUUCCCUCAUCUAAUGCAGAAAGUAGUUGUUAAACAGUCAGAAGGGGAAAGGUUUAAAGACAACAGUAUUGUUCUGAAUGGUGUUAACCUACAGGCUUUCAAGGACACCGCAGAUAUACAGAGGUUGACAGUAAGAUGUGCCCCUGGUGAAACAAGUGACGAGGAGAAUGGAGAAUGUGGUACAGUGGUUUAUGAGACUGUCGUACUACAAGUAGGUGCUGUACUUACACAAAUGAUGCAGACUGGACAAUCACAUGCUUCUAUCAAUGAUAUACCUGUACAAAGUGGCGUCACAACUCAACAGACUAACAACAAGAGUGCAUCAGGGGAGGAAAUACCUCAAACUGUGAUUAUCAGUGCACGAUGUCAGUACAAUCUACCAGAAGAUGCCAUAGUUUACUGUAACUUUAACCAGCUUUAUAAGAUAGAUCCCGACACCCUGGACAUGUGGUUUGAGGUUCUCAGAAAUGUGCCCAACAGUAUUCUCUGGUUACUAAGGUUUCCGGCUGUAGGGGAACCAAAUGUACUGCAGUCAGCCAAAAAUGCUGGCCUUGAUUCCAGCAGAGUCAUCUUUUCUCCAGUGGCUCCAAAGGAGGAGCAUGUACGACGUGGUCAGUUAGCAGAUGUUUGCCUGGACACACCCUUGUGUAAUGGUCACACAACAGGGAUGGAUGUACUGUGGGCAGGGACGCCUAUGGUAACUCUACCAAAGGAAACUCUUGCUUCAAGAGUAGCAGGGUCGCAGUUAAAGGCCCUUGGUUGUCCUGAAUUGAUAGCUCAAGAUAGGGAUGACUUUAUCAAGAUUGCAUCUAAACUUGGAAAUGACACAGAAUAUUUACAAGCAGUUAGGGCUAAAGUGUGGAAGGCUAGAAUUACAAGUCCUUUGUUUAAUUGUGAGACAUAUGUAAACAACAUGGAAAGAUUGUUUUGGAAAAUGUGGAAACAUUGCUCAGAGGGCUGCUCACCAGAUCACAUCUCUAACCUCAACUAGUGCUAUAAAUAUCUGGCGUCAGUUUUGCAUUUAUGGCAUAGUAUUUCCUUUACCAUGGGUUGUAUAUGUCUUAACAAUAUCUCAGUUGGUUACAGAUAGCAAAGUACAUUCCUGGUCUGAGCUUGAACAACUUCAUAAUAAUAUGAAAGGUUUACUGAUCCAACUAUGUAAAGUAGGAGUGAUAGUUACCAGUGCAGCGGUAAGGAAUAACUGAUGCAGCUAUAUUGAAUAUAGCCCCAGCUGACAAGAGAGCUUUUUUCGGGUUAAAGAUGAUUCAAUUCUAGGUGAUGAUGCAUUUCUUAUGGCAAGUUUAACAGACUUGAUCAAGAUGGGUUGACCUGUGCUCUGUAAAUUUUAUUUAAAAAAUGUUGUUCUGUUUAACAUAAGAGAACAAGGGCUUCCCAUUGCUUCCUUGGUAGAUCCAGGCAAACCCUCAUGAGUAUCUUACCAGAUACUAUUCUGAUGGUUUAUCCUGACGAUAAUCUACUGUAUUCUGAUAGACAGCCCUAUUCUAGUCUUUUGAUUAAAAAAAAAUCCCCUGAACUUAAACAGUUUUAGAUUAAAAGCGAGUCAAGACUUGCACAAAAAUAGUAGGCUACAAGUUAAGGUCCAUUUGCUUUUAAUUUCAUGAGGCCAGAUAGAGGGCAACUGCUUAUUAGUGCUAGGUUAUGAAUGAAAUUUUACUUUUUUUUAAUUAUGUAUAUAAUGUGAAUGCUCUAUUACAAAUAAUGUUUGUAUUAUAUAUGGCAUUUUGCAUAAUGUAACAGCAUAUAGUUUUUGCUUUUUAAUUAUUUGUUUUGUUCAAUCAUCAUGUAAUCAACAUGCAUAUGUUUGUUUUGAUAUGUUUUAUGUUUAUGUUUUAAAUGAUUAUGUGCCAUUUUUCUGUGAAUAAAAUCACUGUAGUUGCAUUUUGUUUUUGAAGCUGACCUUUUCACAUAUAUAAGAUUGUGGUGACGACAUUCUAGAUGAUUAUAUGAAUAAUUUUUUUUAUUUUUUUUUGGUAUAUGUUGAAAUAGUAAAGGAAUAGAAAUUGUCAAGUAAAAUAGAAAUUGUAUGUGUCAAUAAAUGUUUAGAGGUCAGCUAUCACGUUGUUUUUGUUUUGCAACAUUAGGGAUGUUCUUAUUGCUGUAUUUAUUACCAUAUUGUCUAUGUCUGUUGCCCAGUAUUUGUUUGGAUAAAAUGUCUCAUUUUCAAAAAUAUAUCACAAAUAUAUAUCACAGACAUAGUUCAUGAAGUAAUUUUCAUGUUUAAGAUAAUAAGCGGUUAUGUGUUAUGUUGGGACUGUGCUUAGAAUGAAAAACAAGCAUUAAGUUUGCUUAAAAUCUUUGAAAUUUGCCUCAAAUUCAUAUCACAAUCAAUGAAAAUGACAAUAAGGUGUACUAGGCCUUACACUGAAGUGUAAUUAUUUUAAUCAAUUCUCUAGGUAAAAUGUCAUGGGUGGAUUUGUUUGUUUUUUGCUUACAGUAAAGGAGGAAUAUAGUUUAUUGGAUAUUCUUAGUUUGUAUUUACAUAAAAUUACAAAAGAAAUUAUAUUUGAUUUAUUACAUACUGUCAGUUAAUCACAAUACAAUAGGGCAACACAAUUGAAAAAUAUAUACACAUUUGCAAAAUAUAGUUUCAAACAAUGGAAAGUUUAGUUCAUAUUACACUUCAUGUCAAUUUGACAGUAACCUUGCAAGGUCAAAAGUUCCCUGCAAGUUAUUAACAAAAGUUUAUGCUUAGUUUUAUUAAAAUGAUUGAAAAGGGACUUGUGUCAUAUCGUAUGAUAAAUUUUUGUAUUACUUGAUUAGUUUCAACUAAAGAGAGGUCCCUAAGGUAGUCCCUGUAUUAUUAUUGUAUUUGGAAAUCCAGUUUGUCAAAAUGAUUAAAUAAAUUCUCAUUGAUUGAAAUGUUGAAGUAUACUCGUAAUAAGUGCUAAUCCAGUGGUAGUAAAUGAAUCAUUAUGGUUUUAGAUAACUUUUGUAGUUAAAAAGUUAAUUAUGUUAUGCCUUCACUUGUCGUUUUAAAAUUUUGUUUAUUUGCAGAGGAUAUUAAAUCAUUCUCAUACUAUUCUGUUAUGUUAGAUAACUGAAACCAGUGUUUGUAUUAUAUUAAUUUGCUACAUGUAUAUAAUUCUGCAUAAUUGUAUAACUGUUCUUAAUGUAUGACAGUUUGUGUAGUAAGUGGUAGAAAUGUUAGUUUUAAUUAUAUCAAUCAGUAUAUAAUGUUUUUAUGACAUGUCCUCAUGUUUUUGGCUCUCGUGGUCUAGACUGAGGAUAUUUUACUUUGCCUAUUAAGUUUUGCUUCCUUUAUCAAGUGUAAAAUGGAUGAGAGAAAUACAGAAAUAUGUUGAA